GUGAGGGCGGGGCAGGGCGGAGGCGUUGGUCCGGCCACGUUCGUCCAGGCGGUUCCGGCUGCGGCGCGUGGGGGUGCACGGGGGGCGGGGCCGGCGCUGCAGCCGGAUCCGGAUGCGGCGGCGCUGUGACCCGCAGGGAGACUGACGCGCCGGGACGGGAGCGUGGUCCGCUCCGGGCGACUUUACUGGAAAGAUGAAACCUGAUGAAACCCCUAUGUUUGACCCAAGUUUGCUCAAAGAGGUGGACUGGAGUCAGAAUACAGCUAUAUUUUCUCCAGCCAUUUCUCCAACGCAUCCUGGAGAAGGCUUGGUUUUGAGGCCUCUCUGUACUGCGGACUUAAAUAAAGGUUUUUUUAAGGUAUUGGGUCAGCUGACAGAGACAGGUGUUGUCAGCCAGGAGCAAUUCAUAAGAUCUUUUGAGCAUAUGAAGAAGUCUGGGGAUUACUAUGUUACCGUUGUGGAAGAUGUGACCCUAGGACAAAUUGUGGCAACAGCAACUCUGAUAAUAGAACAUAAAUUUAUCCAUUCAUGUGCUAAGAGAGGGAGAGUAGAAGAUGUCGUUGUUAGUGAUGAGUGCAGAGGGAAGCAGCUCGGCAAAUUGUUAUUAUCAACUCUUACUUUGCUAAGCAAGAAACUGAACUGUUACAAGAUCACCCUUGAAUGUCUACCGCAAAAUGUUGGUUUCUACAAAAAGUUUGACUAUACAGUAUCUGAAGAAAAUUACAUGUGUCGGAGGUUCCUAAAGUAAAAACCACCAUCAAGGUUACUGUUCUAGAGUUCUUUUUCGUUGCUGCAAUCCAGUGAGCUCCGUAACUAUAGACUGAGAAAACACUGUAGUAUGCCAGUAGUGACACAGGAGCAGCUAUGGCUGCUGGGAGUACAAAUGAUCAUAAAGGGGGAUGAUUUUUAACCAAAGGAAUAUAUUUUCAACUUGAAUCUCUUCUUGCAUUGUAUUUUUCUAAAGUUUGUCUUCAUUUCUUGGUAGUCAAGAGUGUGGGUAGUGAACAGUUACAUCUGCUCUAUGCUGCUCAUUUUUAAUAUAUGUAUAUAUAUUGAAUAAGGGUGUUUCUUACCAUAAAAUUAUUUUUUGUCUCAUACAUCUAUAUAGACUUAAGGUGCACCAUUUCUCACAUGACAUUUGGACACUUGUUAUUAUGAACCACCAGAUACAUAUUUGCACAUUGAUGAUCCUAACCCUCCAGUCUUUUUAAAGCAACAAAAAAGAAAAAUGGGAAAAGGUACAACAGCUUAAAUAACUAUUUUACUAAGUGUAUAGUUUUGUGUAGAUACUGUACUACCUGUCUCAUCUAUCACAUGAUGUUAGAAUUAUCCAAGGGCAGAUACAGAGAUUCAGGGUCCUUCUCAUCAGUCAAUGAGCGGCUCCCAGUGGAGCUUCCCUGGUUUUUGUUAUCAUCGACAUCUGAAGCCUCUGAGGCACAAACAAAUGUGUGCACUGCCUUGGGUACAGCUUUAAAAUGAUGGUAGCCUUUCUAUUUAAUGUGAUUAUAAUGGUACUAUUACUCUGAUCACUGUCCUGUUUUAUUUAUUUUAGUGAUUUUUAAAAUAGAAUCGGAUACUUUAUUAAUAAUGGUUCUAAUCUUUUUUGCAUUCCAUGUUAUUACAUUAAAGUUGUUUAUAUGAAUAGUCUCUCAUGUUAGAAUCUUGUCUUGUGUUUUUCUUGUUUGUUGAGGCAGGGUGCCCAGGAUCGCCUGGAACUCCUCACACAUGUUCUAAGAACUGGUAUUCUAGGCAUGCACCACCAUGAUCAGCUUGAGUCUAUUAGGUUAAGACCUGGCUCUUAACAACCUAGUUUUAUGUAUCUUUUGGAUUACUUCAAUUGGACUUUUGGAUUUUUCUCUAGUCAUUAGGUUGACUUCUAUUUUCAGAGUUCUUUAGUUCUGUAACUGUGACAGAGCUUCAUUAGGCUUUACCAAUGUUAAAAAAAGCCUUUCCCCCAAAGUAAAAUUUAGCACUUUAUUUCUUAGCAUUAACUCUUUGG